GCCGUAGCGCUUCCGCGGUGGAUGUCAGGUGUCUGCCAGGAGAGGUGCGAGAGGCGGCGGACGGCUGGCUGUUCCUCGAGCGGGGACGCUCCUGUCGCCGGUGAGCACCACGCGGCACCUCACAAUGCGCCGCCGCUCUCGCCGCCCGAGGUCGCGGCGGCCGCGCUUCCCCUUGAACGGCGUCCGUGGAGGCGCUCGGCGGGGACCGAGGCUCCCAUGCGUGCCGGGUGUGCCGCCCGACGCGGGGCUUACGCGACCGCUCGGGUCGGUGCCUUCGGUGGCCACAAGUUACUCGGCCUCUUCCUGCUCUUCUGCGAAGUGAGAGGGAGGAGGCGAAGAAACAGGGAGAGAAUCUCAAGCAGGCUCCAUGCCCAGCAGAGCUCCAUCUCACGACCCUGAGAUCAUGACCUGAGCCGAAAUCAAGAGUCAGAUGCUCACUGACUGAGCCACCCACGUGCCUCAACACACACCUAUUCUCCCAUUGGGUGGACUCCCAGCCCCUAGGACAAUAAAAGCAGCUCUUAAGGGGGGAGUGGGGUUUCGGGGAUCUACUCAUCUUGGGGCUACCCUGAGACACACUUCUGUUCAUAAGUCUCCUUAAUAAACCAUUUCUUGUCAAGCUGGACUUGUCAGCCUUUUUCUGUGGUCUUCCUGCCACCUAAGCCUUCGGAGGUCGUUUUGCAUUUAACUCCCUUUCAUGGAACAAACACAGUGAAUGCACUUAGUGUCACUGACUUUUACACUUUAAGAUGGUCACAAUGGUAAAUGUUACGUUGUACGUAUUUUACCAUAAUAAAAAAAACCUGCAGUUAUAUUCAGAUUACGUUAUUUAAAGAGAUGAAACAGAUUUUAAUAUAUUUUUCACUCAGGGUAAUUUCUCAUUCAGUAUAAUUCUAGAAAUGAUGGGAUUUUUCAAGCUAGAAAAGACCAUAGAGAUUGAUGGCUUAUGCCUAUAUUAUAAAGUUUGUUGAAAAUAUUCAAUUUUUAGUUAUCCCAAAUAUUUAGGAUCAUUCAUUCUGUUAUGGGAUUUUUUUCUACCAAGAGGUUUACAAUUCUCUCUCUGACUCAUCGCUUAAGAUACUGACCCUGAACUCAAAACUUAACCUAGUGGAAGCCAAUGACAUCUGACUCGGUGUGAGUCAACAAAGCAUAAACCAUUUUCCUUUCUUUCUAACCCCAUUGGCAUGCAACAAUAGCAGACUGUGUAAAGUCAUUAGCCUACGUGUUCAAAUCAUAUAUAGUCUAAUUUUCUUCAUGCUAUAAAUUACUGUAAAUCCAAGUGUGCAGAACACUUUGACUAAGAAUGAAACAUUAAAUCAAUAUCUGUUCCAUGAACUAUGCACAGAUACUUUAUCAAUUUACCUUUCAAAUAAAGUUCUUUAAUGAAGUCACUCAUUGCCAUCAGCUUUUUAUAAUGACUCUACCUAAUAAAGUAUUUGCCAAAAAAAAGUAGGAAGUAUUAAGAAAAAAUAACAAAGUAUUUGCCUGUGGGGAAAACAAAGAAUUUCCCAAAAAUAGGAAAAACUUUUUUUUCAAGUAAAUUUUCAAAUUACACUUGUUAACCUCAUCUCCAUCUCUGUAAAGGUAUAUCACACACGAUCUUGAAAGUUUCACUGCAUUUCGGGAUUGUUCUUGAAGAGAUACUCUGCC